AUUUCACAACAACAUUUAGAAUUUUAUCAACCCUUCUUUCCAUUCUAUCAUGUCAUUGAAUUAUAAUAAUUUGGGGGAAGAGAUCAGGGGAAGGCAGGGGAAAAGUGGGUUAGAAAAAAGGAUAGAGAAAGGAAGGCAGGGGAAUCAGGGGAAAUCGUAGGAGCGGGAAAGAAGAGAAGCAAUGAAGAGGAUGAUAUGGAAAUUGAUGGUGAAGAAGAGGUGGGUUACAAGCAUGAGGGGAAGAGAUCAAAGGAGGAGAAAGAAAGAUUCAAACAACUACUACCAGAGGCGGUCCCUGUUAAGGAACAGGGCCGCCUACAACAAUGAGUCUACUCUGUCUCAACUGCCAAGGGUUAGGGGAUCCCAAGGCAGUUGCAGUACUGGGAUCGACGAUAAGAUUCCAAAAACCCCAAAUCGUGUUUCUUUCAGAAACAAAGUUGAAGAAGAGUGGCUGGGAGAAAACAAUGAGGGAGUUGGGUUUCAAAUACGGGAAUGGAGUGCCGGUUGAAGGAAAGUCAGGUGGCUUAUGUUUGUUUUGGCAGGAAGGGGUCAACCUGGAAAUAAAAGGUACAACAAAAUUUUUUAUGGAUGCAGUAAUCAAAGAUGACAGAGGUAGAGACAAAUGGCGAUUCACGGGUAUAUAUGGUUGGCCGGAGAAAGAAAAUCAUCAUCGUACAUGGGAUUUACUCAGGGAGCUCAAUGAUGGAAGGGAUCUUCCAUGGCUCUGCGCAGGGGAUUUCAAUCAAUUGUGCUCAAAUGCGGAGAAAGAAGGAGGGAAUCUUGUAAGUGAAACUCGUUUGAUGGGAUUCAAUAACGCGUUAAUGGACUGUGGAUUGAAAGAUCUCGGUCUUGUGGGAUAUCCUUUUACGUGGGAUAACAGGAAAAGUGGCCAGGAUCUUAUUGAGGAAAGACUCGAUAGGGCGGUAGCAAAUGGAAAGUGGAUGGAUCUCUUUCAAAAUGCCAUGGUCCUCCAUCUAGAAGGAGUGGUCUCUGAUCAUUUACCAAUCCUAAUUGACCCUUUUGGAGAAAAAGAAGAGGAGAUUAGAUGGGGUAAGUGUUUUAGAUUUGAAUCCUUCUGGGCAAAAGAUGAGGAGAGUGGGGAGAUAAUCAAAGAAGCCUGGGAAGAAGCAAGUUGGAACACCUUGGACCAGAGUUUAAAGAGCUGUGAAAGAAAGCUGAAAAGUUGGAGUGAGACAAAGUUUGGUGAGAUUCCGAGAAGAAUUUCCCAGAUCAGAAGGAGCUUACAAGGUAUGAAAUUGCAAAAGAAGAACAGUACUUGGAGAACAAGGAAAAGACAGCUGGAACUGGAACUGCAGGAUCUUCUGUACAAAAAUGAACAGCGGUGGAAACAAAGAUCCAGGAUGGAAUGGCUAAAGGAAGGGGAGAAGAACACAAAGGCUUUCCAUGCCAAAGCAUCUGAAAGAAGGAAGAAAAACACCAUUAAAAAGCUUCAGGAUGAUCAGGGUAGAAUUCAUAAGGGUCAAGAAGAGGUGACUGGGUGCUUAUUCCAAUACUACUCCAAGCUUUUUGAAAGUAGAGCAGAUCAGAACUGUUGGAAAGUAAUCGAUGCAAUUGAGAAGAAGGUUACUGAAGAGAUGAAUCAGAAACUUCUCAGGCCCUUCACGGCAGAGGAAAUCCAGGCUGCUUUAUUCCAAAUGGAUGCUACCAAAGCACCAGGAGAUGACGGCUUUCCUUCCUUAUUUUUCCAAAAGAAUUGGAGUACCAUUGCACCAAAAGUAACUGAAGAAUUGACGGGCUUUCUCAAUGGAGGCAGUCUGCCUACAGAGCUUAACAGGACUCUUAUUGCAUUGAUUCCAAAGGUAAAAAAUCCUAUCUCUCCCAAAGAAUAUAGACCUAUUAGUCUGUGCUCUAUUCUGUAUAAGGUUUUAUCUAAGACAAUUACAAACCGGCUAAAAGGAGUGCUGAAUGAUCUCAUUUGUGAAGCACAGAGUGCUUUUGUUCCUGGAAGAUCGAUCACUGACAAUGUGAUAGCUGCUUUUGAGUGCUUCUCUACUAUGAAGAAUAAGAACAAAGGUGAUAAAGGCUUACUUGCUCUCAAAUUGGAUAUGGCUAAGGUCUACGACCGAGUAGAAUGGAUUUUUCUUGAAAGAGUCAUGGUUAAAUUGGGAUUUGAUGAGAAGUGGAUCAAGCUUAUUAUGAAUUGUGUUUCUUCUGUGUCUUAUGCAGUGUUGGUUAAUGGCCAUAAAUCGAAUUUCUUCAAUCCUGGUAGGGGACUGAGACAAGGAGACCCCCUCUCCCCGUAUUUAUUCCUGCUUUGUGCUGAAGGGCUUUCAGCUCUGAUUAACAAAAGCGGGAAGGAGAAGAAAAUUCAUGGCCUGAAAAUUUGCAAUAGGGCUCCAGUGGUCUCCCACUUGCUGUUUGCUGAUGAUUGUAUAAUUUUUGCUAGAGCCACGGUGGAAGAGUCUAAGAAACUGAAAGAAGUGCACGAAGAUUACGAAAAGGAAUCUGGACAAAUGGUAAAUCUGGACAAGUCAGAGAUCUAUUUUAGUAAGAACACGCUGAACAACAGACGACAAGAGAUCUGCCAAGUGUUAAAGAUCAAGGAAAGAGACAAACUUGCUAAAUACCUUGGCCUACCUACUAUGGUGGGGAGAUCAAAGAAGUCGGUGUUCAGUAAUCUCAGGGACAGGGUUAGAAACAAGCUGAUGAACUGGAAAAAUAGGUACUUUUCAGAAGCAGGGAAAGAAAUUCUGAUCAAGAGUAUUGCCCAGGCUCAAACGACCUACGCCAUGUCGGUGUUUAGGAUCCCUGAUGGAAUUUUGGACGAUAUACAUAGCUUGAUAGCUAAUUUCUGGUGGGGGCAGAAAGGGAAUGAAAGAAGGAUUCACUGGAAACGUUGGGAGAAGCUGUGUAAGAAGAAGAAUCAAGGAGGAAUAGGUUUCAGGAAUCUUAAAGUGUUUAACACAGUCAUCCUGGCAAAGCAACUCUGGAAUCUGAACCUUAAUCCUCAGUCACUGGUUGCCAGAUUGUUGAAGGCUAAAUAUCAUCCAAAAAGCAGUAUUCUGGAAGCAAAAGUGGGAUGGAGACCGAGCUAUGUUUGGAGGAGCUUGAUGAGAGCUCAAGACUUAUUAAAAACAGGCUGCAGAUGGGGGAUUGGAACGGGGGAAGAGGUCCAUAUCUGGAGAGAUAGAUGGAUUCCAGGGCUUGAUGAUUACCGGGUUUUUUCUUAUAGCUCUUUCCUGGAUUGGGACUCAAAAGUCUCUUGCCUCAUUGACCAAGAAACAAGAACCUGGAGAAGAGAUUUGAUUGAGAUAAUGUUCACUCAGGAAGAGCAGCAAGCAAUUCUGGAUAUUCCUCUUUCUCCUGGCUUGGAUAGGGAUUCCUUAUGCUGGACUGGUACGGAAAAUGGAGAUUACACUGUCAAGUCUAGAUAUGAUAUGGAGUUGAACAUAAUUGGGGAGGAGCUGGCAGGGAGUGUUGAUGAUCAGGAAUUGAAUACUGGUUGGAAUAAACUCUGGAAACUGAAUGUCCCCGGGAAGAUCAAAGUCUUUUUAUGGAAAGUGGCUCAUAAUAUAGUUCCAGUUGGUGUUAAGAUUAGCAAAAAGAGUAAAAGAAGAGGGGACGAAUGCCCAAACUGUGGAAUGAAAGAAACUUUAAAACACUGUCUGGUGAAUUGCAGUUGGGUGGGGAGGAUCUGGCCAAAAACGCCUGUUGCAAGUCUGUUCCAGAUGGCAGAUGGCCUUUCCUGCAAAGAGUGGAUAUUCAGGGUGAUAAAGGAAGCAAAAGAAGGGGAAAUUGAAAGAUUCAGCUCUCUGCUUUGGUUUUUCUGGAAAGAAAGAAAUAACUGUUUGUUUAAUAGCAAAAUGCUACAUGAAUGGGAAGUGUUUACAAAAGCUGAUGACUUCAUACAAGACUAUGUUGCAGUGCAGGGAAAAGACAACAACAGAAGUGGAAGAGCAGAUAGAAGGAUUCACAGAUGGAAGAAGCCACCAGAAGGAAUUUAUAAACUCAAUUCAGAUGCGGGUUGCAGUGGCAAAGGAGAGGUGGGAAUGGGUUUCAUUAUCAGAGAUUGGAAUGGCAAAAUGAUCCUGGCUGGUAGCAGAACAGUCAAGGCUGGCUGGUCUCCUGAGAUUGCGGAAGGAAUGGCUUUGAAGUUUGGUUUGGAGAAAGCCAAAGACAAGGGAUUAAGGGUCAUCCAGGUGGAAUCGGAUUGCCAGAGACUGAUCAACAUUCUGAAUGGAAGAGAAAAUAGUAGAACAGAGAUUGAGAGUGUGUGCAGUAGCCUUAUUUCAGCUGGGUCGGAGGUUAAUGUGGUGGAUUGGAGUUUUGUGUACAGGGAAGCAAAUGGGGUUGCUCACCUCUUAGCACAUUUCUUCCCUUUUAAUGUUUUUAGAGACAAGGUUUGGCAGGAUAGUGCUCCUGGGCAAAUUGCUGAUGUAAUUGCAGCAGAGGCUGACUUUUGAUUUCUAUGAAAUCUAUUAUUUUCUCAAAAAAGAAUUAUAAUAAUUUGGAAUUUAAAUAAAAACUAAACGAAAGU